AUGGUUCAAGUCUUACUUCUUAUUUUGCUGUCUGCAAAUAAAAUUUUAGGAUAUAAAAAUAAUUACGACUAUCAAUGCGCACAGGACAAUAAUCAAUGCAAUCCUGCCUACCAACAACCAUGCUUGUAUGUAGGAAUGUUUUGCGUACGAAAUGAGGAUUGUGAUAGAGUAUUGCAUUCAAAGUGUUCAAAAGAUAGCAUGUGUAUUUGCAGAUCUAAUAAUAUUGAAAUUAACUCUACCGUAUGUGCACCGCUAUUGGGUGAAUAUUGCGUGAAUAAUGAAAAGUGUGCACCUGAUAAUUCUAUUUGUAUUCAUAACGAAUGUCGAUGCAGGGAAAAUUAUUUACCUGUGUCUAAUAAUCAAUGCAAACUAAAGAUACUUGGAGAACCUUGCACUGACGAUAAUAAAUGCAAAGAAGUAAAAUUUGCACAAUGUUCGGCGUAUAAUAAUAAAUGUGACUGUACAGCUAAUACUGUUGCAUUAAAUUCAACGUUUUGUGCACCGCUUUUAGAAGGGUUUUGUGAGACCAAUGAUGAAUGUAUACGAAUGAAUGCUACUUGUGUUCAUAAUAAAUGUAUAUGCGAGACUAACUUAAUUCCUCAAUCUAAUGUACGCUGCAUAGGAGUUUAUAUACGAAUGCCUUGCGAUCAUGAUUAUGAUUGUAAUGAAUUCAUAAAUCAUUCAAGCUGUGAUGACAAAAAAUUAUGCGCGUGUAUUAUCAAUCAUUAUCCGAUCAAUCGGACAGUAUGUGCGCCAACGUACAAUCAAAGUUGUCAGGACCAUGAACCUUGUGCAAUAAUAAACUCUCUUUGCAUUGAUAACAAGUGUCGAUGUAAACAUAACUAUGUUUAUCAAGAAUUUAAAUGCUAUCCAACAUAUUUGGGAGAACCUUGUCUUAUCCAUAAAGAUUGUCAUAAAAUAAAAUUUGGAAUUUGUUCAAAAGAUAAAAAAUGCGUUUGUGAUGAUAAACAUAUGCAGUUUAAUGAAACAUCAUGUGGGCCAAUUAUAGGUGGAUUUUGUUCAAAGGAUGACGAAUGUAAAAUUUUAAACGCUCAAUGUAUUAACAAUCAAUGCGAAUGUAGAGCUUUUUAUUCACCUUUAUACAAUAAGCAAUGUUUACCAACUGUGUUAGGAUGGAAUUGUGAAUAUGAUGACGAUUGUAGAAAUUUAUACAAUACAAUGUGUUCGGAAAAUAAAAAAUGUACUUGCCGAUCGAAUCACGUUCCUUUUAAUAACACAAUGUGUGCUCCAUUAUUGGGUGAAUAUUGUUGGAAUGAUGAACAAUGUAUAACAAAGAAUUCAGUUUGUAUCAAUCAUGCGUGUGCAUGCAAUCAUAAUUUUAUAGAACAAUCGAACAAUGAAUGUGUUGAUGAGUUUUUAGACGUAUUUUGUGAAAAAAAUCAACAUUGCCAAAUUGUACCGAAUGCCAAAUGCUCAGAAGAGGAUAAGAAAUGUUUUUGUAGCAGUAGUCAUGUAAAACUGAGUAAAAUAGCUUGUGCACCGUUGUUGGGAGAAUUUUGUCGUUAUAAUGAAUCAUGUGGCGCGAAUAAUUCAACCUGUAUCGAUAGUCAAUGUUCUUGCCAGCAUAACUAUGUGCGCGGUUCUAAUUAUAAAUGCUUACCUCUCUUGUUGGACCUUGCAUGUAGAGCAGAUCAUGACUGUAGUAAAAUAAAAUAUGCGAAAUGUUCUGACAAUAAUAAGUGCGUUUGCAAAUCGAAUUUCCUUCAGUUAACCAGUAAAACAUGUGCACCGCUUAUUGGAGAAUAUUGUGAAGAAAAUAGUGAUUGUCAUCCCAUGAAUUCUCGCUGUUAUCAUAAAAUAUGUCAAUGCACCGAUGGCUUUGUUCGGCUAUCUAAUAACCAAUGUUUGUCAAGUAAGUACAUUUAUGACAAAUAGUGGAUGUUCGGAAUACGAGACAUGCAAUUACUUUCGUUUUCUAUUGCAAGGUUUUCUCAAAAAAUACUGUAAUAAUAAUAACGAUUGUGGUCAAGUGAUGCAUUCAAUAUGCUCAGAGAACAACGAAUGUGUUUGUAUUGCAAAUUACAUUGCAUUAAAUGAGACAACGUGUGCACCUUUAUUGAAUGAGCUAUGUUCGAACAAUGAAGUAUGCGCAACAUCUAAUGCUGUUUGCAUUGCCAAUAAAUGUCAAUGUAAACGUAAUUAUCUACCUCAGUCCGAUAAUUAUUGCA